AACUGCAAAAUUUAAACCACACAAAAAGAACCUCUCAGCCUCACAUUUGCACUCCAUCGCCAUUAAAACCAGCUAGAUUCCCUUCUCCUUCCGAUUAAUCGCCUUCAGCACACAACACAAACAAGACCAGCAAAAACCAGGACAAAAAAGUUCAAGAAUGGCCACUGUCACCUCUGCUGCUGUUUCUAUCCCAUCUUUCACCGGUCUUAAGGCAGCCAGUGCCUCCAAUGCCAAAGUCAGUGCCAGUGCCAAGGUUUCAGCCUCUCCACUUCCAAGGCUCAGCAUCAAGGCUUCAUUGAAAGAAGUCGGUGCUGCUGUUGUCGCCACCGCUGCUAGCGCAAUGAUUGCUAGCAAUGCUAUGGCCGUUGACGUCUUGCUUGGAAGUGAUGAUGGAUCAUUGGCUUUUGUUCCCAGCGAAUUCUCUGUACCCGCUGGUGAAAAGAUUGUCUUCAAGAACAAUGCCGGGUUCCCACAUAACGUUCUCUUCGACGAGGACGCUGUUCCAAGUGGGGUUGAUGUGUCAAAAAUCUCCAUGAGCGAGGAGGAUCUCCUCAACGCCAAAGGAGAGACUUUCGAAGUUGCCUUGAGCGACAAAGGUGAAUACACUUUCUACUGUUCUCCUCACCAGGGAGCUGGCAUGGUGGGAAAAGUGAUCGUUAAUUAAGUUUAAUUACAUGAAGAAUCUGUAAGGAUCAUCUCACGUGUCUCUUCUUAUUUUUUGGAAAGCAGUAAUGAGAGAGUGUCUGGGAUGGACAGAGAUUGUAUGAUGCCCUUUAAUUUUUAUCAACGUUGUAGUUUUUGUGA